AUGGUCUCCUACUAUCCUCAUCCGGACGCCAUCCAAGCCGCCGUGUGCACGCCGCCCGUGGCGGAUCGCCUCGCGCACGGCAAGCCGACGCCGUACCAGGCCCGGCCGGAGCUGUACGGCGCCUUUUCCGUCGUCGAGGACGCCAAGGACAAGGCGAAGCAGCUGAGCGCCGAGGCGCAGAGGGAGUUUGACCGCGCCGCGGCCAAGGCCAAGCCCAAGACGGCCACGAUGGAGCUCUACUCGGGCUCGUACUAUGCUGCCUGCACUUUUGGUGGCCUCCUUGCCUGUGGCCUCACCCACGCCGCCGUUACGCCUCUCGAUCUCGUCAAGACGCGCCGCCAGGUCGACCCCAAGCUGUACACGAGCAACAUCCAGGCGUGGCGCACAAUCUACCGCGCCGAGGGCAUCCGCGGCAUCUUUACCGGCUGGUCCCCGACGCUCUUUGGCUACUCGGCGCAGGGCGCCUUCAAAUACGGCUGGUACGAGUACUUUAAAAAGACCUACGCCGACAUGGCGGGUCCCGACGCUGCCGCCAAGCACAAGACGGGUCUGUACCUGGCCGCUUCCGCGUCGGCCGAAUUCCUCGCCGACAUUGCGCUGUGCCCGUUUGAAGCCGUCAAGGUCCGCUCGCAGGGCACAAUCCCGAACCCGUACAAGGGCACCUUUGACGGCAUCAGCCGGAUCGUCGCGAAAGAGGGCGCGGCGGGCCUGUACAAGGGCAUCUACCCGCUCUGGGGCCGCCAGAUCCCGUACACAAUGAUGAAGUUUGCCUCGUUUGAGACGAUUGUGGAAAUCAUGUACUCGCGCCUGCCGGGCUCCAAGGCCGACUACUCCAAGGCGGCGCAGACGGGCGUCUCCUUUUCGGCGGGCUACCUCGCGGGCAUACUCUGCGCCAUUGUCUCGCACCCGGCCGACGUCAUGGUCAGCAAGCUCAACUCGAACCGCGCGCCGGGCGAGGCGUUUGGCAGCGCGAUGCGGCGCAUCUACAAAGAUAUUGGAUUUAGUGGGCUCUGGAACGGACUCCCCGUCCGCAUUGUCAUGAUUGGCACCUUGACGGGUCUGCAGUGGAUGAUUUAUGAUUAUUUCAAGAUUUUCAUGGGUUUCCCGACUACGGGGGGUACCACGCCUCCAGGCCAAGAGAAGAAGUAA